CACAGACACACACACGCCACACCAAACACACACCGCCACAACAACGUGGAGACACCAGCAGCUCCAACAACAGUGCGCUGUGCUCAGCCGGGGGAUGUGACAUGACUUGUCCGAGUAAAGAACUUUGUCUUCCAGACCCUCUCAGCUAUCAUAACCAGGCUUUGUUGUCCAAUUCAUUAGAGAGAUUCCUGAGUCCACUGGCCACGCUGGAGCCCUCUCAUUUCUGGCUGCUGAAUAGAAUGGCCGCUGAUGACCGGCACCUGUCCUCCAGCUGCGGGUCUUACAUCAAGACGGAGCCGUCCAGUCCCUCCUCGGUCAUCGACACGGUCAGCCACCACAGCCCCAGCGGCAACUCGGACGCCAGCGGCGGCUAUGUCAGCGCUAUGAACAACCACUCCAACGGCCUGGACUCUCCACCUAUGUUCACCCCGAGCGGGAUCGGGGCCGGCACCUGCCGCAAGCGCUACGACGACUGCUCCAGCACCAUCAUGGAGGAAUCGUCCAUAAAGUGCGAAUACAUGUUGAACUCCCUCCCCAAGAGGCUGUGCCUGGUCUGUGGAGAUAUAGCCUCAGGGUAUCACUAUGGGGUGGCCUCUUGUGAGGCCUGCAAAGCCUUUUUUAAAAGGACAAUACAAGGUAACAUAGAAUACAGCUGUCCAGCCACAAACGAGUGUGAGAUCACGAAGCGGAGACGCAAAUCAUGUCAGGCCUGUCGCUUCAUGAAAUGCCUCAAAGUGGGGAUGCUGAAAGAAGGUAAGAAGAGGGUUCGCCUGGACCGCGUGCGAGGGGGCCGACAGAAGUACAAGCGGAGGUUGGACACGGAAAACAACCCGUACCUGGGCUUGACGCUCCCUCCCCCCACCAAAAAGCCUCUCACAAAGAUUGUCUCUCACUUGUUGGUGGCGGAGCCGGAGAAGAUCUACGCCAUGCCCGACCCCACCAUGCCCGAGAGCGACAUCAAGGCCCUGACCACACUGUGCGACCUGGCGGACCGCGAGCUGGUGGUCAUCAUCGGCUGGGCGAAGCACAUCCCAGGCUUCUCCACUCUCACACUGGGCGACCAGAUGAGUCUACUGCAGAGCGCCUGGAUGGAGAUCCUCAUCCUCAGCAUCGUGUUCCGCUCGCUGCCGUACGAGGACGAGCUGGUGUACGCCGAGGACUACAUCAUGGACGAGGAGCACUCGCGGCUGACGGGCCUGCUCGACCUCUACGUGUCUAUCCUGCAGCUGGUGCGCAAGUACAAGAAGCUCAAAGUGGAGAAGGAGGAGUUUGUCACCCUGAAGGCCAUCGCGCUCGCCAACUCAGACUCCAUGCACAUAGAGGACAUGGAGGCGGUCCAGAAGCUCCAGGACGCCCUGCACGAGGCCCUGCAGGACUACGAGAGCAGCCAGCACCAGGAGGACCCGCGGCGGGCGGGCAAGCUGCUCAUGACGCUGCCCCUGCUGAGGCAGACGGCCACCAAGGCGGUGCAGCACUUUUACAGCAUCAAGGUGCAGGGCAAGGUCCCCAUGCACAAACUCUUCCUGGAGAUGCUGGAGGCCAAAGUGUGAUCGCGGCGCGCCUGAUUGGCCACGGCGAUAGAUGAGGGCUGCGUUAGCGAUACAGAAAGUGACUUGAACCAAGGCUGUGGGGACUCAGGAGACUGCACCCCCCCCCCCCAACACUGACUGUACUAGACUGAACUCUCUCACUCCCCCUCCUGGAAACCUGGGGCGGUAAUAAAAAAAAAAACUAAUUAAAAAAAAAAAGAAAAGAGCAAAUGCAAAACGUGGUUAUUAGUAUAAAUAUAAAAAUGAUGCAGAUUAAUUUAAAAUAUAUAAGAAAUAAUAUGUACAGUAAUAAUUUUUUGGUUUUUGUUUUAAUUGUCAUUGCUCCUGCUGUAUAUAAAGAAAGGACCCCUCCAAAUUAGUAGUUGCCAGUUCUUGAUUUUUUUGAUUUUUGUGUUCUGAAAACAGAGUUGUCGGCAACGACAGACAGACUCGCUCAUCUCAUAGUUGUGUUUUUGCCUGGACUCGACCAGGACAUGUAUAUAUUUAUCAUUGGAAGGCUGAGUGUACAGUUUAACGUCUGGUGAACUCGGUGGCCAAUUUUCUCUUCUUCUCUUCCUGGGGGGCGGGGGGAAAAAAGUGAACUAAAAUUUGUUUUCCUAAAUGUGAACUCUUUAAAAUGUCCUUGGAUAUACCUCUCCAGAGCAGUAAGCCGUGUGUUUUGUUUUUUUUGUGGAUCUUUCUCAGAGUGGAAGACUUACUGGUCCCGUGUUAAACUAAACUAGCGUAGGCAGGUACAAUAAUCACUCGUCUUAUUCUGUAGUAACUCAGCAAUAAAGAGGUGGGGGUGGGGGGGUGGGCGGGAGCUGUUGGGAAGCUGGGCUUACCAUCCUAUCUUACAUGUGCUUUUCAAUGCUGCUGUUGCUAAAAAAAACAAAACAAAAAAAUAACAAGAUUAUGCCUGUAUAUUUCACGACCACCUGUGGGAUUCACCCGCUGCACCACUGCUGCCCAUCACUCUGUUUCCUCCUCUCCUGUAGAGGUUUGUGUCAUCGCUGUUUAUGCAACACCCCCCCCCCCC